GCGCUAUUCCUGAAUUUCAUAGUUUCAGUUGUUCAUUUACCCUCACAUUCUUUAAUCUUCGUUUCGCUCUUCUUUUGCUGUUACAAUAUAUUUCCAUGUCGACAGCAGGUUCUAUCGGUGUGCCAGAAGGAAUGUCAGAGGCUCAUCUCACAGCAUUCGGUUUAGACCCACGGGAAGUACCUGGCAACGCUACCCCAGAGACCAAAGAACUUGUUGCAAAAUGGCUUCAUGUUUUUGCCGGUCAACAAUGCGGCUUUGCUCACCGAGUUGGUAAGCUUCUCGAGCUUACUGAAGUGAGUAUCCGGGAAAAGGCAGAAGAGCCUUCGAGGAAGGAAGGAAGGGUCGUGUGCGAGAUGACUGUGAGCGAAGAUAUGCUCAACGUUCGAGGGCAAAUACAUGGGGGAUGUAUCAUUUAUUUAGUGGAUAUAUGUUCGACGCUGGCCGCGAGCGCUAUGUCAUUUGCUGCCGGAGGAACCGGCAAUCCAGGGGUUUCUCAAACUAUCAAUACUACUUACCAUGCGCCAGCGAGCUUAGGGGAUAGAAUAAAACUAAUAAAUACCAGUAUAACCAUUGGUGGACGGACUGCUACUGCCAGUACUGAGAUCUGGGACAUGACACACCGUCGGCUGAUUGCUACUGCUACACAAGUGAAAAUGCAAGCGUCAGCAAAGCUGUGAUCAAAUGUGUAUUUGGUUAGCAUUUUAACAGAGGGUACUGGAUGGACUUUAUAUAAACAAGUCGCGUGCUAUGCAGGACACGCAAACUGGAAUCUAUGUGGUAUAUGGACUCUGAGUCUAUGCAAUAUAUCCCCAACGAUGUGGCUUCUAUAGUAGGUGUUCAUGUACAAGCUAUACACCGCACUUUCGAGUAGAAUAAUACCUUCUGCACAAUUUUUGUCAUUGCGUGUACUUGAAUGAAGACUCGGAGCAACCCCACUCCGGAUAUAUCCGA